CAGCACCAUGUCGGAAGAAUCAGCCCUGGGCAAGCGCGCGCGCAGCGCGUCAGAGGACGAAGUGGGGCCCGCGGUGCCCGUUGACGAUGAUUCAGACGACGAGAUUGGCCCGAUGCCGGACGCUGGCGGCGACGAAGGGGAGAACGGCGGUGCCGCUGGGGGAAAGAGGAAGAAGCGCCGCGCUGUCCUCCCCCAUGAACGGCUGUACCUCGAGCACUUGCCACAGGCCGACUGGUACUACAAGAGCUUUAUGCACCGCGACAAUGUCAACUAUGUCGUUGUGACGAGAACAAACUUCAUCAUCACCACCUCGGUCGACGGACACCUCAAGCUGUGGAAGAAGCAAGAACAAGGCAUCGAGUUCGUCAAGCACUACCGCACGUCGCUCAAGGCGAUCGUCGGGGUGAGCGCGAGCGAGGACGGCGCCCUGUUCGCGAGCAUCAGCGCGAAUGGCGAGGGGCGCGUGUUCGACGUGGUGAAUUUCGACAUGAUCAACAUCCUCAAGUUUGGGUUCACGCCCAAGGCUUGUUGCUGGGUCCAUGCGCCUGGUGCUGGGCAGCCUCUGCUCGCUGUGAGCGACGUCAGCUCGCCUACGAUUCGGAUAUACGACGGGCGUGGUGACUCGACACCGCUGUUCACGCUCGACAAGGUGCACCGCGCGCCUGUGCACCUCAUGGUCUACUCGCCCAAGUUUGACGUCGUCAUCUCGGCAGACGAGGCAGGCUUCGUCGAGUACUGGCAGCCCAGCGAGCCAUGGGGCGUGCCCUCCCUCCCCGGCAUGUGGCAGUUCAAGUCGUCGACCGACCUGUUCCACUUCAAGAAGACCAAGACCAUCCUCUCGACGCUGACCUUCUCGCCGUCCAACUCGCACUUUGCGGCCAUUGCGCUCCCCUCGCGCGCGGUGCACAUCUUCAACACGCUCACCGGCAAGCUGACCCGCACGUACGACGAGAGCCUGACUGCCAUCUCGGAGAUGCAGCAGGCCGGCACGGCCGUGUUCAAGCUCGACGAUAUGGACUUUGGCCGCCGACUUGCGACCGAGCGCGAGCUCGACCGCGACGAGAGCGGUCCGGGCGGCGCGCUGCGCACGCAGAACGCGGUGUGGGAUGAGAGCGGCAACUUUGUGCUCUACCCCACGUUGCUGGGCAUCAAGGUCGUGAACACGGUUACAAACCAGGUCGCCCGCGUCAUUGGCAAGGACGAGACGCUGCGCUUCCUCAACCUGAGCCUGUUCCAGGGAGCGCCGAGUAAGAAGGGCAUCCAGACGGUCGCGAUGGCAGCCAGUUCAAACCCUCUGCUACAGGAGCAGGCAGUCCGCGACCCGACGCUCUUCGCGACGGCGUACAAGAAGCCCCGGUUCUACAUGUUCGGCCGGGACAAGGGCGAGGACGUCAAGGGCGGCGACCGCGACGUGUUCAACGAGCGCCCGACGCACGAGGAGCGCACCGUCGCGCUGUCCGAGGCCGCGCCCGCCAAGGCGGCACUGCCGACCGCCGCGACGAUCCACACGUCCAUGGGCGAUAUCCACCUCAAGCUCUUCCCGCAUAUUGCGCCCAAGACGGUCGAGAACUUUGCGACGCACGCGCGGAACGGGUAUUACAACAACGUCAUCUUCCACCGCAUCAUCAAGAAGUUUAUGCUGCAAGGAGGCGACCCGACGGGCACGGGCAGCGGCGGCGAGUCGAUCUGGGGCGGCGAGUUCGAGGACGAGUUCUCGCCGCUCGCGAAACACGACAGGCCGUACACGCUGUCGUCGGCCAACGCGGGGCCAAACACGAACGGGUCGCAGUUCUUCAUCACGACGGUGGCGACGCCACAUCUGGAUAACAAGCAUAGCGUGUUUGGCCGCGCUGUUGGCGGGCUGGAGGUGAUCCACGCGAUUGAGAAUGUCAAGACGGAUAAGGGCGACCGGCCGUUUGACGAGGUCAAGAUGAUGUCGAUUACGCUCGAGUAGGCGUGAGUGGAGUCGGAGUAGAAAUGUAGAGACUAUGCAGGGUGUGGG